AUAUAUCAAAUAUAUACAAUGCUAAGUUCCCCUAAAAAUAUCAAUGCGUUUCCUCGUCGUGUUAGUUUCGACUUGAGCCAUAACAUUGUCCAUCUCUUACCUACACUUGAAGAAUGUCGUGAUGCCGCGAAACAAAAGAGUAGAGAAGAAUGGCAACGAAAGAGUUUAAACGAAGACAUGCUGAGCGAGGAUAUUAUUAUUGAAAUCCAAGAAGAUUGUUCUGCUUCGUCCCGUCAUACUGAUUCUUCUUCGGAUGAAGAACAAGCAGCGGCAGAACAUCCUACCCUUGAGCCCAAAAGUUGUCUUAAAAAACCACCUGUUGUCAUAGCAACGCCCGUUACUAUAUCCAAAAGAAGUAAAAAGAAUCAGAAAAAGAGAAAGAGAGCCAAUUCUCAUGUCACAAAUGUAGUCUCUGUACAUUGAAUCCUUCGCCUUUUACGAGUCGCUCGGCAACAGACUACUUGCGCUGUCACCAUUGUGACUAAUAGUGUUGCCAUGACUCCAUUGAUUGGUAGAUUUUCAUAUCUACCCUUAAUCAAACUCAUCAGGAAAAAAAAGCGCAAAAAAAAAAAAAAAAAAAUAGAACGACAUACACAUCCCUAGUCUUCUUUUGAUAACAUUCUCUCUCUUCCCUUUUUUUUUUUUAUAUAUAUCUAAAACCCUCCCCCCACCCCCUUUCUUAUUUUUAUAUCCGUCUUAUAAAAAUAAACAACUUUUUUUUUCCCCGG